CUAUAUGCCCAUAUAAAAGAACAGUGUUCAACAGGAACAGGUCAAAUAAAAUUUCGACCUUGUGAGGUUGUUACGUUUUUCUUAUCACAAGGAGGACAUUAAUUCGGACUACCAAGAAUUCUAAAGAAUUUGGGGAACAUUAAAGACCUGUAAUGUGAGAUGGAUAUUAAAUUGUUUACAUAUUUCCUUGUUUUGCCAGUAAUAAACUUUUAUGGAUUCGGAGAGUCGGCGCCAGCAACAAGCAAUGUGAAUUCCACCAGAUCAAGAUCGUAUCUCAAGUGCAUGUUCUGCAACGAUGUGGAUACGGCCGAUUCCUGCAUAGACGAGAUAAGCUGUGCUCCCGGCCAGUACUGCUUUCUAGACAAAUACUCAGAGAUAACAGUCCUCGAUGGCAAGGAGCUCAACAUCUACAAGUACAAUGCCGGCUGUCGGAGUACUGCGAUCUGUCACAUUGCGCAGUGUAAGGAAAAAGAGAGUGGGUUUAGCUACAAUGGGAGUAACCACACAGCAAGAGUGCGAUCAAAGCGACAGAUGAUACGGCCCGUUCACUGCUCAGAAUGCUGCACCAAGGACCGCUGUAACUUGGAUCUGUGCGACUUUAAAUCAUCUGGGUCUGAUGCCACGAGAUGUUACUCUUGCCAGGACUCUCUGGACCCGACCAAGUGCACCGAGACCACAUUCUGUCAGGACGACGAAAUGUGCCUGCUGACUCAGGAAAUUAGGAUCAACCCCGACCAGUCUGCAACUAUUGUCUACCAACAGGGCUGUAAACGAAUAGAGUUGUGUAAAGCUGUUCAUGCAAACAAUAUUCUGGAAACCAAUGAAACCACCACAAAGAAUGCGCCCUCUACCACCACCACCACCACUGCGGUGCCCUCCACAACGAGGCCGACUCUGGUCGAGUUUACCCCUCCCGUCAGGAAGCGACUCCUUCGCUCUCGCCGAAGUAACAAUCUGAUUCAGCUGAAGGCCGAGUGCUGCCAAGGGGAUCUGUGUAACGCCUUUGAUAUACAAGACCCUGACCUGUAUAAGGACAGGGAGGCAUUUGUGGACAGAGAUCACCAUCUGAUAUCCCUCCCCGACAACUAUGAAUGUCCUACAACAACAACAAAAUCUAUAAACUUUACAAUGCCAAUGACAACAACAACAACCACGACCACAACUGAGCCAACAACACCCCAAUCCACAACAUCUACACCAACAACAGAGAUGACAACUAUGGAACCAACAACACAACCAGAGACAACAGUAACAACAGCUUCUACGGAACAGACAACAUCUACACCAACAACAACCACUAUGCCAACAACAACCACUACACCAACAACUACCACUAAGCCAACCACUACAACCACUAUUCCAACCACCAAUAUGCCAACAACCAAUAAAUCAACCACAAAUCCACCAGCAAAAACCACUUUACCAACAACCACCACCACUACGCCAACUACUACAACUACACCAACAACCACUACUACCACCCAAACAACCACGACCACUACACCUACAAUCACGACCACUACACCAACGACUACUACCACCACGCCAACAACCACUACUACUACACCAACAACAACCACUACAACCCCAACAACUACAACAACUGCUCCAAAACCACCCACCUCCUGCAAUUUGUGUAAUGGUAUGCCAAUUUACAUCUGUGAGGAGUAUUUUACACCAAUGAAAUGUGAUACCAGUGAGCAGCAGUAUUGCCUUAAUAUCCUUGUUAAUAAUAAAGAUGGAUCUAGGACAGUAGACAGAAAAUGUGCAACAGAAAAGGAGUGUAAAAGUCAGUGGUGGGAUCAGACCUCAGACAGACAGGAAUGCUCUGGAUAUGAUCCCAACAGAUAUGUGGCAGAGUAUUUCUCCUGCACCUUCUGCUGUUCAUCCAGUCUGUGUAAUGCAAAUAUUGUGCCUGAUAACCUGUAUGUGCCUCAGAGUUAAUGCACAUUCCUGUACAUGCAGCAGAGUUAUUGAUGACUCUAAUAGACUCAAUCACCUUGUUUUGGUUUUUAUAUAAAAAAGUGGUGCAGGAAAACUUGCAAUA